ACCAGCCAACCGAGUAUAUAACUGGCGGAGUGUGAGGUAGGGCUAACAUACCACGGGGAGUGAACGAAUACUCUAGAAAUCACCAGUUUAUACGUCUUCGAAAUCUGUGGUCAAGAAACAAGAAUUCACACACCUUGCGUAAAAUAAGUUAGCUACAGAAGACAAUCACCGCAAACGUCUGUACUAUUAGAUAGCUGUAUAACGUUGUUCUCCGAAGAUGAACGGACAAAUGAACGGUUUCCAUAAUUCACUCAUCGAUGAAGACUGUUUUCUUUUUACAUCUGAGUCUGUCGGAGAAGGACAUCCAGACAAGAUAUGCGACCAGAUCAGCGAUGCCGUGCUUGACGCCCACCUCAAACAGGACCCUGAUGCCAAAGUAGCAUGUGAGACUGUUGCCAAGACUGGCAUGAUUCUGCUGGCAGGAGAAGUGACAUCCCGUGCCACUUUGGACUACCAGAAGAUUGUCAGGGACACCAUCAAGAACAUUGGCUAUGAUGACUCUUCCAAAGGCUUUGAUUAUAAGACCUGUAAUGUGCUGGUGGCCUUGGAGCAGCAGUCUCCUGAUAUUGCACAGGGGGUCCACCUGGAUCGCAGUGAGGAGGACGUUGGAGCCGGUGACCAGGGUCUGAUGUUUGGUUAUGCGACCAAUGAGACGGAGGAGUGCAUGCCCCUCACAAUCAUCCUUGCCCACAAGCUGAAUGCCAAGAUCGCUGAGCUGCGGCGCAAUGGCACCCUGCCUUGGCUGAGGCCCGACUCCAAAACCCAGGUGACCGUGCAGUACCGGCAGGACCGCGGCGCCAUGCUGCCGGUGCGCGUGCACACAGUGGUGGUGUCGGUGCAGCACGACGAGGGCGUGUGCCUGGAGGAGAUGCGCGACAUGCUGAAGGAGAAGGUGGUCAAGGCCGUGGUGCCCAGCGCCUACCUGGACGAGGACACCGUCUACCACCUGCAGCCCAGCGGCCGCUUCGUCAUCGGGGGCCCACAGGGUGAUGCGGGGCUGACUGGCCGUAAGAUCAUUGUGGACACCUAUGGGGGCUGGGGAGCUCAUGGGGGUGGGGCCUUCUCUGGGAAGGACUACACCAAGGUGGACCGCUCCGCAGCAUAUGCUGCCCGCUGGGUGGCCAAGUCGCUGGUGAAGGCAGACCUGUGCAAGCGUGUGCUGGUCCAGGUGUCUUAUGCCAUUGGUGUGUCCCACCCACUGUCCAUCUCUAUCUUCCACUAUGGCACGUCUCAGAAGAGUGAGAGGGAGCUGUUGGACAUCGUCAAGAAGAACUUUGAUCUACGGCCUGGGGUUAUCGUCAGAGAGCUGGACCUGAAGAAACCCAUCUAUCAGAAGACCGCUUGCUAUGGCCACUUUGGCCGCGAUUCAUUCCCAUGGGAGGUGCCCAAGAAGCUCAAAUACUGAAAAAAAAAAAAGCCCAAUCAUACAAAAGAACCUCUGCGCUUUCCCCCCUCUCCUCUCCUGGUGUUGUGGGCUGCCGGUGUGUGCACUACAGAGAAACCCCGGCGGCCCAAUGGAGACGAGCGAGGGGAAAACCAGAUGCACCAUCUCCUUUGCAUAACCAACCCCCACUGUGUCA